AUGGGGGGGAGAACGGAAGCAAAUAACCACCCACACACGAUACGGCGACGGGGCGCGGGAGACCGAAACCCGAGCCAGACGAGCGGGGGGGGGGGGGGGAUUUUAUUUAUAUUUUCGCGCGUCGCCAAGGGGGGGGGGGGGGGACGGUGGGAAAAGUGGGGGGGGCCAACAAGACAACACGGUGAGAACCCGGGACUGCACCCUCCACGGCGGCCCAGGGAGGCCAGGGGGGGGGGGUGGGGGUCCAAAGCUACGGCCAAACCCCGAAAACCAACCACACAAAGAAGAACAGCCCAGGCAAGCAGCCAUAAAACAAGAUGCUACACGCACAACAAAGCUGAGCCCAGAACAGAAUGCAACCACGGCCAAGCAGACCGGCCGGACGAAACGGGGGCCAGAACCCCCACACACGGUAGACCACGUAUGGGGUGGGGGGGGGGGGUGGGGGGGGACAACAGCAUAACGAAGGAAAAUCGCGAAGCCAGGAGAGCUAAAAGGCAUGUUCCGACGAAGCGCACCGCCGGAGGCGCGAUCGGCAAACCACACCCCCCCGUGUGUGUGCAGACAUCGGACAAGUGGGGGGGGGGAAAAAAGCCAAACAACAACCCACGAAGGAAAAAAAACCGACCCGGAGCGCCGUGA